AUGGCUGCGUCAAAUUAUUCCUUGAAGGUGAACAGGGAGCUGUUGGACCCCAACUUUGAGAGCUACAGGUUAUCUCUGGACUCCAUACCGACGUACAACGUUGAGCUGGAUGCUGCCGUGGAGGAGGUGAAGUUGAAGGAUACUCAGUACACCCUGGAACAUAUGCGUGCUUUUGGCAUGUACAAUUACCUCCACUUAGACCCUUGGUACGAAGACAGUGUUCUGUUUGUGGACUGCAAAGGAAGAGUUCUCAGUCUAACUGUCACUCUGGACACCGCCCUGGGAAAACCGAGAGAGGUGUACAGUUUAACCUCUGACCCCAGCCAGUGUGAGGGUCGUGUGUGUGCGUCGCUCAGCCUCACCUCAGCCACCUGGGCGGCUCUCUCUGACGGAGCCGGCACGCUGACCCUCCUCCGCACCGGCAAGAGGGGAGACGGCACCUUUAUGAAGUGGGAGCCGCUGUUCAGUGAGGACACGGGGGAGCCUUUCAGCCUCCUCCACAGCAUCUCUCAUGUCCAGGAGGGAGUCCACUCCAUGGAGGUGCUGCUGCUCCGCAUCCAGAAGGAGCCGCAGGAAACCAAAGGGAGCGGGUUCUGCGUGUCUCUGGAGUGGAUCACAGUCGCCAACAGUGCAGGACAAGGUCAGGAGAAGAAGUACGAGGUGAAGAAGAGGAGGGUCCUCAAUGGGAAGACGGUGCCUCACUAUGCAGCGGUGGAGCCGAAGGGGAAGGGGCUCAUGGUGGCCUCGGAGAAACCGUUCGCCUUCACUCAUGUGGACGGGCUCCCAGUGCAGCUGCCAGACCCCGAGCCCAUGGAGGUGGAGAAGACAGACCCCAUCUACUUCUGGCAGCAGACCGCGGAGGAUGUCACGGUGUUUGUGCGCAUGCCAGAGGGUGUCACCAAAGAGGAGGUGCAGUUCAGGCUGACCGCAGACCAAAUCAUGCUGGGAGUUCAGGGUUUCCCUCCUCUGCUGGAGGGCCAGCUGUUUGCACCUGCAGACCCCGAGGCCAGCGCCUGGAUCAUCAAAGAGGACAAAAGCCUGGAGCUGACCCUGCAGAAGCGUGAAGAGGGCCCGAUGUGGUCGGAGCUGGUGAUGGGGGACAAGAGAGGGGAGUACGUGAUGAGCGACGAGCAGGCUGCCCUCAUCCACGAGAGGCUGACCUUCCUCACCUCUGAAGACAUGAAUGGAAACCCUGACAAGGACAAGCCCCCGUGCAACUCUCAGGAGCUGGAGGACUGUGAUGGCUUCCCAGAAGAUGGCUCCAGUCUCACACACUUUGAUGGAGAAUCACUCAAGCCCUCUCAGGUGGUGAAUCUUGGCAGCCAUCAGUACCUGUUCACAGUGGACGUGAACCCCUCUGAGAUGCCUUGCCUCUGCCUCAGGCACGAUGUGGACGCUCUGCUGUGGCAGCCUCGACCCCAACAGCCCGGCAACAUGUGGGAGCACAUCGCCACGUUCAAUGCCUUAGGCUACGUCCAGGCCUCCAAACGGGAUAAAAAGUUUGCCACCUGCCCUCCUAACUUCUCCUACGCUUCACUGUGCGAGUGUCUCCGCCGAGCAUUCAUCUACAGACAGCCGUCGCCGGUGGAAACCGUCCUCUUUAACAGGAAGCAGGGCCGGCAAGUAGGACAGGUUGCCAAGCAACAGGUGGCCAGCCUGGACUCCGAUAAGCCAAUCCUGGGCUUCAGAGCAACCAAUGAGAGACUGUACAUCCUGACCUCCAGUAACCUGUUUAUACUAAAGGUCAAUAAUAAUUAGAUUUGGGACUCUUAGUUUUAGAUCUUCAUCUCACCUCCCCCUCGGAGCGUGAUCAUUCCAAACUUAAGAUGUUUUAUCUGAAUGUGUUAAUGUGUACUCUCUGUUCUCAAUGUUGGUUUACUCAUGUUUCAACUCCCACUAGUCUUCUGUGCUGCGAAAUGUCUAUAAGAUCAAGGAGCCAUGUCAAAUUAUGAUAAAUGUUUACUAGAGCUGAUUGUUUCCAGGAUAAUCAUUAAAGGUCCCCUAUUAUACUGUUUUUCAUCAA